AUGCGUAAUUUAUAUGAGUAAAGUUAGUAAACAAUUCAUAGUCAACAAUAUAAGCAUAUAAAUAAUGAAACUAAUUUUUAUGACCUCACACAAACAGUUAAAACAAAUCCUAAAUAUACAACAUAUACUGCACCCUUAGUAGGAUAAUACACGUAUACAGAUAAAAACUAAUCAUAAUUUUAAACAAAGUCACUAUAUGGGAGAGAUAAUUCAUCUAAAAAAAUGUCUAAAUAGAGUCAAAAUAUGUAGUAUUUGAUGUAGAAGUAUAAAUUUACUGAUUAAGAAUUAAUAUUUUUUAAGAAAAGAUUUGAUAGCAUUUCGUAAAAAGGUAUUUUAAACUAAAAAUUAUUUCGUAAGAGCAUGGGAAUUUUAGGGAUUGAUCAUCUUUCGUACAUAUCAGAUCGCAUAUUUUUGUUAAUAGACAAAGAUUAAGAUGGUAAGGUUAGUUUUGAAGAUUAUUUGUCAUAUCUAGAUACUAUCAUUAAUGGAACAGAUAUUUAAAAGGCAUAGUUAAGUUUUUCCUUUAUAACUAUGAAUUCAAGCGAUCGUAACAAAAUUUAUUUGCAUGAUAUUGAGUAAAUGGUUAAUUAAGUCUCUCUUGUCUGGAAAGACCUCUCAGGAUCCACUGUGUAUCCCCAAAAACAGUACAUAGAAAGUGUAUUUAGAAAAUUGGAUUUCAAAUAAAAAGGCUUUGUUGAUUUCGAAGACUAUUUUAAUACAUACUCCAGGCAUUAACAUAUUUUUUCAUGGUAUGAGUUAUUCAAUGGAGAUGAAAUGAUGGAAAAAUAAAUACAAUAAAUUAAUGUAGAGCAAAAAAAAAUCUAAAACAAAGUUAAUAAUUAAAUAAAGAAGAGUGAAUUAUGCAAUUUAAAGACAACGAGCUACUUACAAGGACUUAAUAAUGAAGUAGCUAACUGCUUAAUCUCUCUAAAGGAUUUUGAAAAUAAUAUGUAAUAAAAAGAUAACUGGGAGGUAGAAUUAUAGGCUAAUAAUUAAGUUAAUGGCUUCGAUGUAAGCAAGCAAUAAAAACAUCUUUUAUCUGUUGAAAAUUGUGAAAAGGUUCUGUAACCAAACUCAUUAAAUUAACUUUUAUUUAUCAAUAACAAUGUAAAUAAUAAUAAUCCUAAUAAUGGGUCUACUCUUUUUCUAACAUCUUUCCAUCAUGAACAAAACUCGUGCAUAAAUAACUCUUUUUUGAGUUCUACUUAUUAAGGACCACUAAGUAUAUUACAACCUACUUAAAUUCAUCUAGGAGAUUAAGAUCCCGAAGAAGAAGAGGAAGAUAUUAAUGGUUUAGCUUAAGAAAAAUUUGAAAUGUAAUAAAUUUAGUAAUAAAAUGAUAAAGAUCACUAAGUAAUUUAGGAAAGCAAAGCUUUAGAUUUUUUAGACAAGCUAGAAGAAAAAAUAAAAAUGCUGUUGAACUAAACUGAAGAUUUAGAAAUAUAUUUAGAUAAUUUGGUUAAUAAAGAUGAAGGACUAACUACUAAAUUUACAAGAAAAACAAGUAAUUCUUAAACAAGGGCGAAUAAAGGAGGAGGGUUGAUAUCACUCCAUGCAACAUAAAGAGAUGAUUAUGAAGAAACAAUAGCAGAUUAAAGAUUUAAUUAAAGAAUAUCGAGUAUCUAGACCACUACAAAGACAUUCAAUAAAUUUUCAUAGUAUGGUAUGGAGACUCACAAAGAUUUACUUUAGAAAUUUGAAUUUUAACAAAGCAAAUCUUUAUAGUAGAGGAAAGUCACUAUUAGUAAUAUACCAUGCCAUAAAAAGAAUACAAAGACUAGAAGAAAUAUUUCAAUUUAUGUAGGACACGAAAACUGGAAUUUGAUAUUUGUGAUGAUGAUUGGUAUUAGGGGAUCUAUCAAAGACUUAAGAAAUGUUGGUAUGCCAAGAUAGAUAGAUCCUAAAUAUUUCACUUAAAAGAACAACAAAGAUUUGAUAAGAACAUUUCAAAAUGAUUCAGAUUUUAUUUAAUACAGAUUCACUGAUUAUGCCCCUCAAAUUUUUGAAAGAAUCAGAUUAUUAUUUAACAUUACAAAAUAAACAUAUUCUAAGAGUUUAGGGCCAGAAACUCUACUAGGUAACUUAAUUCUAGGAAACAUGACAAACUUAUCAGAACUUUGCUCUUCUACAAAAAAUUUUAACAAGUUCUAGUAUUAUUCUGAAGACGCUAAGUUUGUUAUUAAGGCAAUAUCAAAAGAAUAAGCAUAGUUUUUUUUUAAAAAAAUACUUCAGCCUUACUUUACCUAUGUUAACAAUAAUUUUCAUACACUUCUAAUGAGAUUGUAUGGACUUUAUAAGAUAAAGUUUAAUAAGAAAGGAAAGAAAAUAGGUGAUUCAGUUUAUUUUUUUGUUACUCACAAUAUAUUUUCCACUGAAUUAGAAAUAGACACUAGAUAUGAAAUCAAAGGUUCUACUCAUAACAGGACUGCUAGGAGAGGAAACAAUUUAUCAAACUUUGAUAAAAAUACAUCUCUUAAAGAACUAGACCUUAAGCAAGAUAAGGUAAAGCUUGGAUUAAAUUAAUAAGAUAAGAUCUAACUAUUAAAUUAGCUAAAAUCUGAUACAUAAUUUCUUUCUAAGUUGAAUAUCAUUAACUACUACCUCUUGCUUGGUAUACAUAAUAUAUCAGUCGAUUAAUAAAGGUUAAGCAUGUUUAAAGAAAGCCAUAUUCUUACAAACAGCAACUCUACAGUUUUAUAUAGAGAUAGGGAUGAUACUCUUAAAUUUUCAUGCUCUAAUGACAGUAUAUAGUAAGAAUAAUAACUAAGAUUUUAUGAAAAGUAUUAAUCUGGAAUACUCUCUGAAGAUGAAAAAUAGGUCUAUUACUUUGGAGUAUUGAAUAUAUUUACUGAAUAUAAGUCAACUCAAAAAUUAGUUCAUUCCAUUAAAUCAACAUUUUACGGAUCUUCAAUAACAACCAUUCCUCCAAACGAAUAUCAAAAUAGGUUAAACAAAUUCGUUGCAGAUCAAUUAUUCAAUUGA